AUGAGUCGAGUGGAUGACGAUGGUGAGGAAGAUUCGGUUCUGGACUUGGCGGAUCAGUUGAAUCGACCACCAGAUGUUGCCAUACAACAGCAACGGAUCAAGGCUUGGCACCCAAUUCUAGAUCCAGAAUGGAUGAUCUAUGGUUAUCUGAUUCUAGCGGUAGUCUUGAUUCCCCUUGGCUUUAAAAUCAAAGCAUUAUCCGACAGCAUCGUCGAGCUACAUUCGAUCUAUGAUGCAAAAGAUCAAUCACUGAUUGAUACAACACGAACGAGUGAUUGUAGGAUUGGUGAAAACUACAACCAAAACAAAACUUGCACCAUCCAAUUUGAAGCGCCAGAAGAUAUGGAGCCUCCCGUUAUGAUAUACUAUGAACUCAACAAUUUUCACCAGAAUCAUCGAUUCUACAGUAGGUCGAGAGACAGCUUUCAGCUGGUUGGAAGAGUGGGAAAGAACAGAGACCCCACCUUCCGUGCAUUGUGUGAGCCAUUGGAUGUACUAGGUGGGAAAACUUUGAACCCAUGUGGCUUUGUAGCAAAUACCUUCUUCAACGAUAAAAUAUCCCUCAUUGGUGGUAAUGAUGAAGAUGGGCUUCAACUGGAAAUGAACGAAGAAGGGAUUGCGUGGCGGUCGGAUCUGGAAUACAAAUUCGGAUUGCCAGAGGGCUUUCAGAUGCAGGAAUGCCCAACGGUAGAAGAAUGCAGUGGGAACUCGACAUGCUGCCAAGAUAACGGCUUCUCAUGCGACUCGCCAGCACGCUCCAAACAGGAUGGAAAGUGUUAUGCCUAUGACUAUCCGGAAGCUGACACCACGAGAUAUCUUCAUGAAACCUAUCCAGAUAUGAUAAGUCCCUUGGAGCACGUGACAAACGAACAUUUCGUCGUCUGGAUGAGGACGGAAACCAGACCACAAUUCCGAAAACUAUACGGGUGGAUCAAUCAAAAGAUUCCAAAGGGAGAAAAGAUAGAGUUCGAAAUUUGGUCAAACUACGUCGUUGAGAGCUUCUCGGGGCACAAGGCACUCAUCGUUACGACGACCAACAUGUUUGGCGGAAAAAACCAGUACAUUGGAGUAACAUUCUAUGGUUUAGGAUUCACCUUCCUCGCGUUUGGCAUCAUCUUUGCCGUAAAGCAUUGGUUCCGGCCGAGAAGAAUUGCAGAUCGAAAGUAUCUCCAUUUCAAGGAGGAAUAG